CGUGGUUUUUGUACGAAGAGGGAAAGAGAGAGCGCGAGGGAGAGAAGAGAGAGAGAGAAGAGAGAGCUAUGGAGCAACGAUCGAUCGCGGCAGUGGAGGACGCAUCGAAUAGGCGCCGCUUCGAGCUCUGGAUUGUGGCGAUCUGCAUCAUGUAAGCUACGCAUGGGAUUCCUCUGGCUUGGUGAUCCCGCUGCUGUGAGCUCCAGGAGCUCCAAAUCAUGGAUUCCCGCCCCAAGAUCAAGCUCCCGCUGGAUAUUUCGCUUGGAUCUACUCGAUUCCCUCUCUUCCCCUGCUUUAGGCUCCUCGUCAUGAUCGCGCUCCCUCAUUCACACUCUCCUCCUUGUCGUCUCCCCGGAGCUCUUCUCUCGCGCUCAAUUGAUCGCGCGCUCUCGUGCUAGGGCGAGCGUAGUCCCUCUCGCGGCGUAAUUUCGCUCCCUCGCCAGGAGCUUUCUGCGAUGGAGAUGGAAACUCGCAGCGUCGGCCAGCUCUUCCCCGCUGGCGCUCGAAAAUUCGAGGCCUUCUCCCAGCACGGGUGGUCGCUUGCCGAGCCGGACUGGGCAAAUGGGCUUCACAAUCUAGCUAGAAAUCACGACGGUGUCGCCAACAACGCCAAUGGUUGGUUAGAAAAUGGGAGAGGAAGAAACCCAUUCCCCGCGGUUUCUCCGAUAAAUGGGCUCGCCCACUCUCUACCAAAUAUGCUCCAGCAAAGACUCAAACUGUCGGAACCGACGGUAGUCUCUGAUCCGGAUGCCGAGACUGAAACUGACGAGCUUUUCGGAUCGAUGCAAGAGCUCGAGUCACACGCUUUAGGCAGACUUCUUCCUGAUGCCGAGGAGGAUCUUUUAGCCGAGGUGGGCUAUGCUUACGAGCGGAACAGUAACGAGGAUGACUACGACAUUUUCAACAGCGGGGGUGGACUGGAGCUGGAGGGUGAUCCUUACUUGAACAACUAUCAGAUUGGUGGCAACACAGCCGCAGUGUUGGCCGGGGAACACCCCUACGGCGAGCAUCCUUCGCGAACGCUUUUUGUGAGGAACAUAAACAGUAACGUUGAAGAUGCGGAGCUGCGAGCACUUUUUGAGCAAUAUGGUGCCAUUCGCACUUUGUAUACCGCCUGUAAGCAUCGGGGAUUCGUGAUGAUUUCCUACUACGACAUCCGAGCAGCCCGUACUGCAAUGCGCGCCCUCCAGAACAAACCGCUCAGGCGUCGAAAGUUAGAUAUUCACUUUUCCAUUCCGAAGGAUAACCCCUCAGAUAAGGAUGUUAACCAGGGCACUUUAGUGGUAUUUAAUCUCGACGCCUCAGUGACCAACGACGACCUUCGGCAUAUUUUUGGUGUUUAUGGUGAGAUCAAAGAGAUACGUGAGACCCCACACAAGAAGCACCACAAGUUUAUAGAGUUUUACGAUGUCAGGGCAGCUGAAGCUGCCUUGAGAGCCUUGAACAGAAGCGACAUCGCAGGAAAGCGUAUAAAGCUGGAACCCAGUCGUCCCGGUGGUGCUCGAAGAAGCCUAAUGCAACAGCUCACUCAAGAGCUGGAGCAGGAAGAGUUUCGGUGUCAGCAACUUCAGGCAUCAUUGGGUGCUUCGCCUGCAGGGCAUUCACCGCAGUGGAGUACUCCUAUGAAUAAGUUGAACGAGCGAGGCACUUUUGGUUCCUUGGGUAUCAAGCCUCUAAACGUAAAUGCUGGUUCGUUGCCUGCACGUGUGUCCUCUCCGCUACGAAACGGCAUGUCCGCAAAUCCUGAUUCUUUCAUACAACCGGAGCGGUCUGUUGGCCUUCGAAUCCGUCAGCAAUUUCCAUCGUUACAGAUUCCUGACCUCGACAGUCCAACACGGGUUCCACCCGGCUUUGGAAAUUAUGACGAGCUAGAUGCUGGUACCCUUCAGAGGGCAGUCUCGAGCUUGUGUGACGUGCCGUCUCUCGAGCAAUCAUCCAGAGCUUUUGGAGUUCCUGCUUCGAGAAACGAGGACUUGUCAUGGAACAGUUCGGGCUCGCUAUACUCCGCGAAUGCCAUGUACCAUACGGACGGGCAUAGCCGAGCUGCAGAUUAUUCAGCAACAUUUACCGAGCAGAGUCUGAUGGAUGGCCAGAAUAGGUACUACUCUGACUUGGCCGAGAGAUCAGCGUUAGGAUGGCCAGGAUCUCUCGGCGGCCUGAGAAUGAAUGGUUCUAAGGGGGCUGGCCUCACUCACGGCGGUUUGAACCUGGCUGCUAUUGCUACAUCGAAAGGAUUGGUGGAUUCUCCCAGGUUGGGUGUUAUGUCACCACAACUUAGGCCCCGUUCCUUUCCAAAUGGUGCGACUUUGGAAACUUUUAGCGACCGUUGUAGAAGCCGAAGAACCGACAGCACUUUGACUCUGGCAGAGAACAAAAAGUAUCAGCUUGACUUGGAGCGUAUUCUUCGCGGGGAAGACUUACGGACAACACUGAUGAUAAAAAACAUACCAAACAAGUACACGUCGAAGAUGCUGUUGUCAACAAUUGACGAACAUCAUCGCGGUACCUAUGAUUUCAUCUACUUACCUAUUGAUUUUAAGAAUAAGUGUAACGUGGGGUAUGCUUUCAUCAACAUGAUUGCACCUGUGCAUAUCGUCCCUUUCUUCAAGACCUUCAAUGGAAAGAAGUGGGAGAAAUUCAACAGCGAGAAGGUUGCUUCUCUGGCUUACGCUCGAAUACAAGGCAAGGUUGCCCUCGUCGCACAUUUCCAAAACUCAAGCCUCAUGAACGAAGACAAGAGAUGCCGUCCAAUUCUGUUUCGUUCGGAAGGUCCCAACCUGGGCGAUCCUGAGCCAUUCCCCGUUGGGUCUAACGUCAGAACUCGUCCGGGAAAAGAACGAAAUGGCCUCUGCCAUUUUGAAACCUCUAGCAGCAGCAGCUGCUCCAGCAAAGACGACGAGAAUGACAACGGUGGCCAGAGUUCUUCGGACGUUGAGAAGGAUUGAAAUCAACACGACGAGGCAGGCAAGCGAGAAGCUGAGGUGGGAGGGAGUGUUUUUUUGGUGCAAGGUGUACAUUUUUCUCGGGAGUAUUUCGGUUUUGGAAUAAUUUUGGUGGUGCAGCGGCAGAAAGACAAGACACGACUGGUGCUGUAUUAUAGAUCACAUGACAGACAAAUUGCUAACAGGCAGAGUGUAUCGGCUGGAUGGUUUUUUGCCAGUGCUUUCCUUUGACGUUGGGAAGGUUUUUUUUUCAUACCAACGAAGACAGCUCAAUGAAGAAAGCGGUGGGUAACUUGUAUAAAUCAAACAGAACCAUAGAGUGGGAUAAAAAAAGAAAUCUGAUUUUUGUAAGUUUUGUUUUCACAGUUAAAAGUGUAUAAUCUAAAAUAACAUCAAUAACAUACAUAAAAUAAAUUAUAGAA